CUCGCGCUUAUCGUCAAUCCGCUGCUGUCAUUUAGGCGACGGACGAAAAACGUGCGAACGCAAAAACCUUCUGGAACCGGAGAAGUUGGGUCGCUUUACCAUGUUAACACUGACAUUGAGGCAACUAAUCAGGCCGGUGUGCCGUGUUUCGGCCACCGUCAGAUCUCAGCAUUCAGCGGCGGCGUUCUCUGAUGACGAGCGCUCGUGGACGGGACAGGAGAGUCUGUCUCAAGACGACCCUGAGAUGUGGGAGCUUCUGCAGAAGGAGAAGGACAGACAGUGCCGAGGACUGGAGCUCAUCGCCUCCGAGAACUUCUGCAGUCGUGCGGCUCUCGAGGCUCAGGGUUCAUGUCUUAACAACAAAUACUCUGAAGGAUACCCAGGAAAAAGGUAUUACGGCGGUGCGGAGGUGGUGGAUCAGAUCGAGCUCUUGUGUCAGAGGAGAGCGCUGGAAGCGUUUGACCUCGACCCGUCUCUGUGGGGUGUCAAUGUUCAGCCGUACUCCGGAUCUCCGGCGAACUUCGCUGCUUACACGGCCGUCCUGAACCCUCACGAGCGCAUCAUGGGUCUGGACCUUCCCGACGGCGGACAUCUCACUCACGGAUACAUGUCUGACGUCAAGCGCAUCUCGGCCACCUCCAUCUACUUCGAGUCGAUGCCCUACAAACUCAACCCUAAAUCUGGUCUGAUAGACUAUGAUCAGCUGGAGUUGACGGCGCGACUCUUCCGACCCAAACUCAUCAUCGCCGGCACCAGCGCUUACGCUCGCCUCAUCGACUACAGCCGCAUCAAGAAGCUGUGCACCGAGCUGAAUGCGUAUAUGCUGGCGGACAUGGCUCACAUCAGCGGUCUGGUGGCAGGCAAAGCCGUUCCCUCGCCGUUCCAACACGCCGACCUCGUCACCACAACCACCCACAAAUCACUGCGAGGAUCCAGGGCGGGGCUUAUCUUCUAUCGUAAGGGCAUUCGCUCGGUGGAUAAGAAGGGCAAAGAGGUCAUGUACGACCUGGAGGAUAAGGUCAACUUCUCUGUGUUCCCUUCGCUUCAAGGCGGCCCGCACAAUCACGCCAUCGCCGGCGUCGCUGUGGCUCUCAAACAGGCCAUGACGCCCAUGUUUCGUGAAUACAUCACUCAGGUUCUGAAGAACUCAAAGGCCAUGGCCGAUGCUCUGCUGGAGAAGGGCUACACGCUGGUCUCUGGAGGAACCGAUAAUCAUCUGGUUCUGGUGGAUCUGAGGCCGCAGGGGAUGGACGGAGCGCGGGCCGAGAGAGUUCUGGAGCUGGUGUCCAUCACAGCCAACAAGAACACCUGCCCUGGAGACAAGAGCGCACUGACCCCCGGCGGCCUGAGACUCGGAUCCCCUGCUCUCACGUCUCGUCAGUUCAAGGAGUCUGACUUCCAGCAGGUGGUGGAUUUCAUCGAUCAGGGCAUCAAGAUCGCUCUGGACGUCAAGAAGAAGACCAAAAAGCUGUCAGACUUCAAGAGUUUCCUGCUGGAGGACUCGGAGACGGCGUCUCGAAUCGCUGAUCUGCGGCGUCGCGUCGAAGCUUUCGCUCGUCCGUUCCCCAUGCCUGGAUUCCACGACCAUUAAAGCAGCAGAUCGUCCGUUAGCCCUGCGAACACACGCGCGCGAUUUCUUUUUCUUUUUUUUGUUUAGCUUUACGAUCAAUCACUACAUUAUUAAUCAUUUACUGGAACUAAAAGUCUUAAAACGACCAGUAGUGCACAUACACUGCCGCUCAGUUUGGGAUCAGCAAGAUUUUUAAAGAAGUUUCUUCUGCUCAUCAAGGCUGCAUCUAUUUGAUCAAAAAUACAGAAAAAAAUGUUAUUUUGUGAAAUAUUAAUGCAAUUUAAAAUAACAGUUUUCUAU